AUGGCCACCUCGCCAGGGACCUCCGUUGGGCCUCCUCCUCCGGACCCCGGUGUGGCGGUCUGGGAAUGGCAGGACGAACUCGGCCGCUGGAGGCCCUACCGCAGCGCCGUGUGCGGCUACAUCGAGCAGUCGUUCCAGGCCCUCGCGGCGAAGGGACGGCGGUCGCUGGGGACUUGGCCGGUCAGCGGCAGCAUCCCUUUAGGGCAAGCGGAUCCAGCGCUGGCACCGUACAUCAUCGACCUACCUAGUCUGACGCAGUUCCGACAAGAUACGGGGACCAUGCGCUCUGUGCGCAGGCAUGUCUUCCAGCUGGAUUCGGCGGCCGGGCAAGGCGUCGUCUGGGAGUGGCAGAACGACGAAGGGGGCUGGUUCCCUUACGAGAUGAACGUUUGCGUCUACUUGGAGCAAGCCUUUGCCUUCAAGAGCCCCCAAGUGGACCUCGGCCCCUUUGGCUACAACUAUGGGAUCGAUUUUGCCUCACUUACUCAGACCAACCAAACCACCGGCUACCAGCGGCGGAUCCAGAGGCGUGUGGACUCACCCUACCCGGUUGCCACAGCCACAGGGCCAUCUCAUUCGGGGCCGACGUGUUCCUGCCAACAGUGCCUUCUGAACAGCGGGACCGGACCCAUCACUACCCGUUAUCGGCACUCCAUGGUCAACCUCCCUGGUCCCUCGGCCGGAACUGGACCCAGGCCCUUUGCUGGGGUACAGGGGGCUGCCGGCAGGACAGCUGGUCUCGGUUAUUCUCAGACGGGCUUCGUGCCUUACAACAAGCCCACCAUUUCUGGAGCCCGGUCAAUGCCGAAGUUGAAUGUUCAGAGUUUAGGGGUAGCACCGCAACCGCCAGCUGUCAGUGGGCCGAGUCUGACGCAUGGAGCAUCCAAAGGAGUCAGUAUCCCAAAGCUGCCGGUGAGCAUGUCCAGACCCAGCAAAGUGAGCCAAGCCCUCGCAGGCAUGAUGGCCUUUCUGAUGUCAGUCCCUGGACUACCUGCGCAGCUAACCCAGGCACUUCCGUCCGUCCGAGCCUAUAGAGCCUCUAAAAAACACUCCUCCGUUAAGGACAGGAGGAGAGCGCCCUUCAAAGGUGGCACCCUCAGCCCAGAAGAGGUGGUCAAGAGGUAUUUCCAAGAGCUGAAGACACCCCCGGCGGAUGAGGACUGCAUCAUCUGUAUGGAAAAACUGAGCUCUCCUUCAGGCUACAGUGAUUCAUGUGAAAGCAAGACCAUCCAGCCGGGGAACAUAGGAAGACUGGACAAGUGCAGCCACGCUUUCCACCUGCUCUGCGUCCUGGCCAUGUAUACCAGUGGCAACAAGGACGGCAGCUUGCAGUGUCCCUCUUGCAAGACCAUUUACGGAGAGAAGACAGGCACGCAACCCAACGGGAAGAUGGACGUCGCCACUUUCCCGGAGUCCCUCCCAGGACACGAGGGCUGUGGGUCCAUACAAAUCAUGUACUACAUCAAGAAGGGCAUACAGGGUCCGGAGCAUCCCAACCCAGGGCUCCCAUACACAGCAAGAGGCUUUCCGCGUUACUGUUACCUCCCAGAUAAUGACAAAGGAAGAAAGGUGCUGGAGCUGUUGAAGGUGGCCUGGAGGAGGCGUUUGAUCUUUACCGUCGGGACGUCCAGCACGACAGGCGAGAGCAACACCGUGGUGUGGAACGAGAUCCACCACAAGACGGAAAUGCACUCCAACGUCUCAGGCCACGGCUACCCAGACCCCAACUACCUGGACAAUGUGCUGGCGGAGCUGGCAGCUCAGGGCGUCACAGAGGACUGCUUGAUGCCCUGAGUCCGCAGGCCUCCGUGGGUGCGUUUCUCAAGGGCUGGCCUUGGCUCCGUCGCUACAGACAGCUAUCCCCGUUGCCUUAAGUACGCUUGGCCCAUUUCUUCUGAGCAAUAAUAGUCUCUGGGAACAUCCGCCUCGGUUGCAGGGAGAACGUUUACACAAGACAUAUGUAUAGACACACGCCGUGUUUUUAAUCUUGAUACGAGGGCUUCCGGUCCCGGAUCCAACCUGAAUGUACGCAAGCGGACCUUUCCCUUUCCCUGUCGGUGGAAAUGCAUAAAAGAACCGUGGCUUAACUCGCAUCUUGUCUCCUUCCAGUAUGUUGCUGGGUGUGAGAUAUAACAAUCCCAAGUACCCAGAAGGUGUGGAAACACAUCCCUGUUGUGGGUUUGGUUUUGCCAUCCUCUCUCCACAAAAAUCAUGUGCUCCUUUCACGUAGUAAGAAAAGUAUGUGCCUUCAAUAGCCUGGUGAUUUAUAGAGACCCCAUUAAUUUCAUAGGGUUUUCUUAGGUGAGUAAAAGUCAGAGGCGGCUUGCUGUUGGCUUCCUCUGAAAUAUAGCCUACAGCUCCUGAUAUUCCAAGUACUUAGCUUCCAAGAUAGAUGGGAAAUGGUGUCUUCAGGGUGUUUAUGUGGGGCUACUCACUGAGGUUAAAUGUCUUCCCUCUACCUCCUGUAAGAGGGAUUUCCCCUGCCUGCCUAUGGUGAACAUAGUAGGCCUUUUCAUGCGCAAAGGAAGUAAGGGUUGCAGUCUGAUGACCUGUGAAAGCUAUUUGCACAGAAGUCUUUUUUACGAAGAUAAGACUACAGUAGACCCUUGUUAUCCGCUGGGGUUUGGUUCCAAGAUCCCCCGUGGACAACAAAAUCCAUGGAUGCUCAAGUCCCGUUAAAUAUAAUGACAAAACGCAAAAUGAUGUCCCUUAUUAAAAAAUGGAAAAUCAAGGUUUGAUAUUUGAAAUGUAUACUUCUUUUUGAACACUUUCAAACCGCGGAUGCUUGAAUCCGUGUAUAAGAAAUCCGUGUGUAAGAAGGGCCGGCUGUAAUUUAAUUCUGCAUUAUUUUGUUUUGCCUGACAUUGUCAGUUGUGUAGAGCUGCUCAGUAAAGCCAUAUGUUUCCCACC